AGCUAGAGUGACUGACAGGGAGUGGAGAUAGACUGACUGGGGCUUCUGGUACUUGCAAUGAAAGAUUCAAAAUAAGAAGUGAAGCAGGGAAAGUAUCAAGGAGAGCGACAGAAGGAAGACAAUAAGAAAAAUAAUACAUUUUAUAUAGACAUUAAAACACAAUGUACUGGUGUGUGACACUAUUGAAUGUGCUGAGUGGGUUUAUCAUCUGCUCUGCGGACAUUAACAGGGAAAAAGCAUUGAGACUAAUGGGAGAGACCCCCCUAAUAGAUGGACACAACGACCUUCCUUGGCAGAUGAGGCAGCUCUUUAACAAUGAGCUGGAAAAGAUGGACCUUAACACUUUGGAAAAGACUCACACCAACAUCCCAAAGAUCAAAACAGGCCGUCUCAGUGCACAGUUCUGGGCUGCCUAUGUACCCUGCGAGUCUCAGUACAAGGACGCAGUGAGGCAGACUGUGGAGCAGAUUGAUGUUGUGCACCGCUUGUGCCGUCUGUACCCUAAUGACUUGAUGUUUGCCACAAGCAGCGAUGAUAUUUUAUCAGCGUUCCAGCAGAAUAAAACAGCCAGCCUGAUUGGAGUGGAAGGGGGUCACUCGAUCGACAGCAGCCCGGGCACCCUGCGCAUGUUCUACAAUCUGGGGGUGCGCUACCUCACACUCACACACAGCUGCAACACCCCCUGGGCAGAUAAUUGGCUUGUGGACACUGGAAAGGACACAUCAGAAAACAAUGGCUUAUCAGGUUUUGGAAAAGAACUGAUUAGAGAGAUGAACCGGCUGGGAAUGCUGAUUGACUUAGCACACGUUUCUGAGAAGGUGAUGAACCUUGCUCUGGAACUCUCCAUUGCCCCAGUCAUCUUCAGCCACUCCUCCGCCUAUGAAGUGUGCAAAAGCAAGCGCAACGUUCCUGAUGACAUCCUCAGAAAAGUGGCUGAAAAGAAGGGUAUCGUAAUGGUGAACUUUUACAAUGAUUACGUCACCUGCCAGAAAACUGCCAAUCUAUCAAAUGUGGCAGAUCACUUUGACCACAUCAAGAAGGUGGCUGGCCAUGAGAUCAUUGGAUUUGGAGGGGAUUAUGAUGGAGUGUCCAGGGUCCCGGAAGGAUUGGAGGAUGUCUCCAAGUACCCUGACCUGGUGGCUGAGCUGCUGAGACGAGGCUGGACCGACACUGAGGUGAAGGCAGCGCUGGGAGACAACCUGCUGCGAGUCUUCAGGGAGGUGGAGAAGGUGCGGGACUCAAUGAAUACUACUAAGCCUUAUGAAGUCCCCAUUCCCUAUGCUGAUGUGGUGAACCCAUGCAGGACAAUGUAUGGCUAUCCGCCCCAAGGCAAUGCAGGGAGCAUGAUCAAUUUGGGACUACAUCUCCCUGUAGUCACACUGCUGCUGCAUGGCACCAUACUUUGGCUCUUUUAACUCCUCUCUAGUUGUCUACUUCAGAACAGGAAUCUGUUUUUCAUAAGUGAAAGCAUUACAAAGUGUAGUAAUAUAUGGUAAACUAUAGAAAAUGCAUAGAAUUAGCAGGGCAAAUUACAAAAUGACAGUGAAAAUGUACCACGUUUGACCCUUAUUUAGGUUAAUCCUUUUUAAGGAUUGAUAACUGUGGCUUUAAAAUCAAUUUUCUUACCUCUUGUUAUAAUUGGCCACAAAAUAACUGGCAUCCUUAUUGUCAUGCUAUCAAAAAGAAAAGUGUGCACACAUAUCAUUUCCUUUGGUGAAAUGCCAUUUCUACAGCCUGGCUGAAAGACUUCACUUUGGCAGAGCCGUGAGAUUGAUACAGGUGUUCCAGGAAGAGUAGCCAGAGCUGCAUAAAUCUAUAUAGUUUUAUUUAAAAAAUAAUAAAGAUUAGGGGAUGAGUGAUUAUUUUGACAAUGUAAAUAAGGCUAAAUGGAUUUUACAGCUCUAGUUAUCCCUCCAGCAGCACAAGUUUGAAGCAUUCACUGUUGAAGAAAGGUUUGGUUUUAGCAAUAUUAAUCUACAUUUGCAGCAUUAAACAAGGGUUUGUAUCUUUUGGGAAUUCCUGCCAAGACAGUAAUCAGUUAAAACUGGUUAAAAUAUAAGCCAAUCUAGCUUGUAAUUUCUCUUUUUCCAGGAUCUUGGCCUUGAUGCAAAUUGCUGAUGUCAUUUAUUACCCUAAUUCUGGGCUUUCUAUGCAUUCUAGAUCACAAUAAAUGUACAAACCCAAACUAUAAUAGGAUUCCGCUAAGCUGACAGUUUAUUUAGAAACCUAGGAACUGAAAUAGAAAUUCUGCCUUGGCUUGUUUUUCCAAAGGUUAUUCAUUUUAUAUAUACUAAUUUGUACUUUACAAAAUGAUUUAAUGCAUACGUUUAAUAUACAAAUAACCUUUUCUUGAACAUUGUAUGUGUCUGAUUAAAAUAAACACUUUGCUUUAAAGUAUAAACUAUGCUGUAAAGUAAUAUGAUGGUAAAGAUAAACACUAUACUUUUAGUAUAAAUUUGUUUUCAAAUGUUUUUUUUUGACCAGGUCUAUAGUAUUGGUUUUUAUAUGAUUGCUUAAAACUUGCUCACGCCUUUGUAAACUCAGUAUAUUAAUACUGGAAAAUCUAACCCUUCAAUUAGUUCAGAGAAAUAGUUUAUUUAGCAAACACAAAAAGUUUUAUGCAUUGCUUAACCAGUAGGUCUAGCAUUGUGUCUUGGUAGAAGCCAGUAUAAGCCUAUUCUGUGUGCCCACUCUGAGGCUGACUGUGUUAUACUUUCAUUUAUGGACCUGUCAAUUAAAACACUGUUCAUUGCAAAUA